AGAGCCCCUAUACACCCCAACAAACCCCUAUAGACCCUAUAGAUCCCCUAUGGAUCCCCUAUAGACCCCCUGUCCCCCUCCCCCCAGGCCAUCGAUGACGAUUGCAACCAGACCGGGCAGAUCCUGGCCGCCAUGUUGGACUGGCCGCAGGGCACGUUCGCCUCGCGGGUGCAGCUGGAGUCCGGGGCCGUGCGCGUGGAGCGCGAGGUGGACGGCGGCCUGGAGACGCUGCGGCUGCGGCUGCCGGCCGUGCUGACGGCCGACCUGCGGCUCAACGAGCCCCGCUACGCCACGCUGCCCAACAUCAUGGUGCGUGGGGGAACCCCCAGAGCCCCAGCGUUCCCGAGGGGUUCCCCAAAAACCCCUGGAAUUCCGCAAAAAUUCCCGGAAAUUCCGGUGGUUCCCAUAGCGGCCAAUGGGGGUAGACCUGUUGUCCCAAAACUGGGGUCACUAAGAAUGGGAUUUCUCCAAAAUUCUGGGUAUUCCCAAAAUUCCUGGGACUCCCCCAAAUUUUUGGGUGCUCCCCAUAUCUCCAGGAUCCCCAAAUUCCUGGGGGAUUCCCAAAAAUUCCCGAAAUUCCACAAAAAUUUCCAUGGUUCCCAUAGCGGCCAAUGGGGGUAGACCUGUUGUCCGGAA